AUGUUUCCAAGUGAAUCCACGAGCCCGCUGAGAAGCACCAUAAGCCCCUCGUUGAAGCUCGGCCUCGGUCUGAUCGGUAUGUGGCCCGGCUCUUCGGGCAGAACGUUCCUCUGGUUCUUCUACAUGGCCACCCUCCUCGCCAUGCAGUACUUUCAAUAUUCGUACUUCUUCGCGUAUUUGGGCGCGAACGAUCUCUCCAAGCUAAUGGAGAGGUCCGACGGUCUGAGCAUCACUCUAGAUUACACUCUGACGUUUCUGAAGCUGCUGAGCCUUUGGCACAAUCGCCGAAUAUUCUCCGAUAUUUUGGGCGCGAUGAACGACGACUGGAACGACUGCCCCACGGAUUCGCACGCGUGCAUGAUGACGGACAAGGCCAUUCUGGCGCAUCGAUGCUCCAACGUCAUGAUAGGCCUUAACAGCGUGUCCUGUGUUGUCUAUUUCAUCGGCAGCUACCUGAGUCGCCGCACGGUCUCCACGGACUUCCGGGAAUUUCCGCUGCAGGUACGGUUUCCGUUCAAUGCCACCUACUCGCCGAUCUUCGAGCUCGUUGUGCUGGGAUUAUUUUUUCACGUGUGGGAAACGGCGGCAGUGAUCGCGUUGCUGAAUUCCCUGAUCUUGGCGUUGGUAAGUCAAAGAAACGAGAACUUUUCAAGCCGUUUUAUGGUCGUUAUAUGA